GGAGCGACAGGUCUCGGGCCCCCUGGCGGAGCGGCGGGGCGCCGGACCCCCAAGUGGAGCGACAGGUCUCGGGCCCUCAGGCGGAGCGGCAGGGCGCGCGCGGACCCCCAGGUGGAGCGACAGGUCUCGGGCCCCCAGGCGGAGCGACAGGUCUCGGGCCCUCAGGCGGCAAGCGGCGGGCGCCGGAAACCCCCAGGUGGAGCGACGGGGUCUCGGGCCUCAGGCGGAGCGGCGGGCGCGGACCCCCAGGUGGAGCGACAGGUCUCGGGCCCCCAGGCGGGAGCGACAGGUCUCGGGCCCCCAGGCGCGGAGCGGCGGGGCGGGCCGGCCCCAGGUGGAGCGACAGGUCUC